CUCAGAGUAAUCAUGUCUGAUCCACUGGUAGAUUUCCUUAUCCAACUAAAUCAGGACAAGUUUAAGAUUCCUUUGGAACUUUGCAAGAAGAACUUCAAAGAUAUCCAGAGAAUCCAGGAAAAAGAGAUCAGCACUAUUGAUAAAACCCAGCUAGAGUACAACAAAAAAAAAAAGAAGACCAAGAAAGGAAGCCACCUCCAGCUUCAAAUUAAUAAUGUUGAUAAUUUAAUUAGAAAUCUUGAGAAUUUUGAAAAAAAACUAUCCAACAAACUAGUCUUUCAAAACGACUAUAUGAGCAGGAUUGAGGCAAGAAUUCAAAGUUUUAAUGAAUUAAAACAGAUCAAAACAAACGAGCCAAUAUCUAAAAACUUAAUCACUGGUGACAGCAAAGAUUAUCACUACAAUUUCAACAAAGAUUCUAACCCAAAGAAAAAUGAACAUAAACCUGAAAAUGAAAAUUCGGUUAAUGCUGCCUUGUUAUUUAUAAGAGAGAAAAACCUCUUUGAUCAAAUCGAUUACGAUCCCAUUAUUAAAGUUAACUUAAUUUCUAACGAUAUUUUAGUGAAAAGAAAUUUAAAAAAUUUACACAUUUGGGUAAAAGAAAAUAACAAUUUUUUGAAGAAAAUCAACUCCAAUUUGAAAUUUCAGUUAUAUUUUCAAUUUUACAUUGAAAUCAUAAAAAGCAUUGCCACAAAUUCAGAUGAAACUUCGUCACUGGGAAAUGACGUUUAUAGAAGAGCAGUAUCAUUUUUAAAUGCAGAGCUAAUUCCAAUAAAUAAUGAAAAUUUUAACAAAUUUUUUAACGAAAUAAAAUUGGCCGGUAGUUUAAUGAUCAUCCCUCCCCAAUUGAUAAAAAAUUUUAUUAUGUUUGAAAAAAAUCAAGAAAUUUCUUCUAUAACUGCUGACAUAAAUCACAAUUAUUAUUCAAGCUCUCAUUAUUUAAAUUUCGAGAAAAACUUCAACUCUAAUAUUCAAUCUGAUGAUAUAAAUUCAUCAAAUUUGCUUUCGAAUUUAACUAAAUUUUACAAAUUGGUAUCUUAUAAAAGAUACAACUAUUUAAACGAAUUGUUUAUAAAUAACUAUAAUCAACUAUACGGCUUGUCAGAUGAUAAUAAUUUGCUAAUAUACCUUUCAUUGGGUCUAUCUGUUUUGAAAACAAGGUCCUGUAUUAGCAACUCUGAACUAAAAAACUAUCAUCCUCAUUCAAAUCCUUACUUGAACUCUUUACAAUCAAAAUGCAAAAAUUGCCCUAUCUGUUCCUCUUAUCAAGUAAUUAAGUUAGCAAAAAAUCUUCCAUAUGCUCACAAUAUAAAAUCCAACUUGGAUUUUUUUUACAAAGAUCCUAUUAAUUUACCUAACGGCAAUAUUUUCGAUCAACCUAAAUUGUUCAAAUUUAAUAAUAUCUUAGUUGACAAGUUUUUA